GCAAAGAACGCCUUCUUCUUUCUUCUUCCUCUAAUCCUCUUCUUCCCCAAAAUUCAGAAAUUGCAAAACGACGCCGCAUUCUUGCGUCAAACGUUGCCUUUUUCUUCGUUUCUUUUUUUGUUCAAACUUGAUGUGGUAACAUAAAUUUUUUAGUGCGAAAUUUAAUGGUUGAUGCAUAUGUAACGCGAUGGGAGCUCAGAAGAGCAUCCAUGCUGGCAAAGCAAAGAUUGACGUUCAUGUUGAUUUUUCUCACAAGCUUUGCGCUUCUUUGAUGCUCCCUACCCUUAGGAGUUCUGACAGUCCUCUUUCGUUGGUUAUUGGGAGUCUCUGCAUCAAGCACCCAAACUUAUUUGGUGGGAGUGAGAAGCUUGAUGUUUCGUGGGACAAGGGUUUAUAUGAUUCAAAUAUCUUAGUUGCCUAUAGAAGGCCACGACCAAAAUGGCUUGCUCAACAAUCUUUUGUGUUACAGCAUUCUCUUUCACCUGAGAUUGGUAUCCAUGGUAUACCUAUAAACAAUUUCUCCCGCUCUGGAAGUGGAGGUGUAAAUUUGUCUAGAUUAUCGGUUGGGCUGGACUUGAAGGAACCUGCAAGUACGAAAUGGAGCAGUUCAACCAGUAUAAAGUUUGAGCAUGUCCGUCCAUUGAACGAUGAUGGUCACUCGAUAAGUAGAGAUCAUGAUGGGUUGCCUUUGACUUGCAGUGGUACUACACAUGACAGUAUGGUAGUGUUAAAGCAAGAGUCUCGAUAUACGAAGGCAAAUGAUCGUAGCUUUUUCCAUUUUAAUCUUCAAAUAGAGCAAGGCAUUCCAGUUCUUUCCAAGUGGCUAAUCUUUAAUCGUUUUAAAUUUGUUGCUUCUAAAGGAAUCAAACUUGGACCAGCAUUUUUGUUAACAAGACUUACAGGUGGUUCAAUUGUUGGUGACAUGGCUCCUUACCAAGCAUUUUCCAUUGGAGGGAUUGGGAGUGUGCGAGGGUAUGGUGAAGGAGCAGUAGGGUCUGGGAGAUCUUGUCUGGUGGCUAAUAGUGAACUAACACUCCCUUUGAACAAGAUGUUAGAAGGUGCCAUUUUUAUGGACUGUGGAACAGACUUGCGCUCUGGUCAUCUUGUACCGGGAAAUCCAGCAAUGAGACAGGGUAAACCAGGAUCUGGUGUUGGUGUGGGAUAUGGACUUCGAUUUAAGUCACAGUUCGGCCACUUUCAAGUCGAUUAUGCCAUAAAUGCAUUUCAGCAGAGAACUCUCUAUUUUGGCCUCAGCAACCUUGCUUCAUGAGAUCCAUACAUUCUUUUUUUUCCACUGGUCAUUUCUCAUUUCUCAUCAUUUCCUAUGGAAGAUGGAUUGUUGAAGACACAGAAGCUGCAAUAUUUUGUUGUCGAUUCUCGGCAUCAUCGGUUUUAUGAACUCCAAUAAUAUUCCUUCUGGUUCUAAAUAACUGUCGGCUCGGACGAAAUUGGCGCAAUAGAAACUCAAUGAACACAGUAUAUCCAGAUUUCAUUUAUUAACUAAUUUGCCACUUUGUCCAAGUUGAUAGUUAUUUGGAACCUGAAGGAGUAUAUUUCUAGCUUAGAAGUAUAUUUUUCAUUCUUUUUCACACAAUUCAUGAUAGUUGAAAUUCUGAUGGCAUGUUUUUUAAUUUGGUUUUGGAUAAAUGAGUACAUAUUAUUUACUG